UUAAUUUUUACUGCCGCAAAUGGGCCUGGCGGCGCCUCGGAAGAGGACCAAGAUUUCUCAUGAUCCAAACAACACAAAUUGGUCCCGGUCAACAAGUGGUUUUGGACACAAAAUUCUCAGCUCCCAAGGAUGGAAACCAGGAAACUUUUUAGGCGCACGAAAUGCUGCGCACGCUGAUAUGUUUACCGCCGCUAGUGCAUCACAUAUCAAAGUUGUUCUGAAAGAUGAUACCCUUGGUUUAGGAGCUCGGCCCAAACGCGAUCCGUUAGGCGAACCCACUGGUCUUGAUGCGUUCAAAGGACUGUUAGGUCGGCUUAACGGAAAAUCAGAUACUGUCUUGGAAGAAGAACAACGGAAGCGUGAUGAUGUCAAGUUGGCUCGUUAUGCUGCGACCAAAUGGCAAGAGGUUAGGUUUAUAAGCGGUGGCCUUUUGGUUCAAGAAAAGAUCGAUGCCCUUUCUCCCAAGGUACCCCAAGAAGGUAGCCAAACCUUUGCCAAAUCCGAUAAUGGGUCAAAUGAGAAAGGGCACAAAAAAACCAGUGAUACCCAGGACGAUACCGCAAAUAAGUCGUCCAAGAAAAAGACUUCGCGUAAUAAGCGCUCGAAUGAGUCAUCAGAGCCCGAAGGAAAACAAGAUAAAAAGGCCAAGAAAAGAAAGCAUAUCGAGGAGCGCGGGAAUCCUGACUCUGAAAUUCAGCAGGGUGAUGAUUCAAAGUCUGUUGAAACGCCCGGCAGCGCAUCAUCGUCCAAGGCUUCGGCAGUAUCGAAAGAACGCCGCCCAAUGGGAAGGCAUAUGUUCAGAGGUCGACAUAUCGCACAAAAGAAAAAAGCCCUUUUAGAUGACAAGUCUCUCAACGAGAUUUUCAUGGUCAAGUCAGUCUUUUCAGGCCAGUGUUUCUAGCAUAUGGUCAACUUGGCUGUUUGAUUAUAUCCCAGCCAAGUGUCAUUGUUUUGUUAUCGUGCCUAAGGAAUAGAUGGCGUUUGGGUCAAGAGAAAAGAAACAAACUAAUGACAUUGCAAACUUCUUGUCUUCUUUACUAUCCUUCGCUUUUGCUAGAGAUUUCCAUGGACGUCAAAUGUAAAUUGGAAAAAUCUAAAGAUUGGACUAGCUAUUUAAAAGGGCAGAACUAGAUUGCUUAUCGUUCUAUACCGUAGGCAAAUCCUUGGUCUGUACUCUAGCUAGGUCCUUAAAAAUUUAGGAGACAUGUUUAGUACUUUAGAUACCUAAGUACCUUAUCUAAGUACCUGCUCAUCAGUGAAAGAUACCAAUUAGUACCCAUCCAUGUGUAUCAAAUUACAGUGUUACAGUUAGGUACUCACUUCAAUGUUACACUAGUACACCCAUGCAGUUCAGGUAGCUGCCUCAAAAUCUGAUAACGUCAU